GUAGAGUCCGAGGGGGAUUACAACGCUGACCAUUGCCGCUCCUCGCGACAGAUGGUACCGCGUUAGUAUUGAGCUAUAAGAUCAUGGCCAACGUUCAGCUCUCCCAGGUGAUGACCUUCAAAUCGUAGGACAUCCCCCGGUUCAACUCGCUCACAAUCAUACUAACCAUGGGCGUGAGCGCACUUCUCUUCAUUUUGAUGGUCGCGACCAGCCUUGUGGAAGGACAUAAUGCAUGGGUCCGUGUGGCAGUGAACGGAAAAUGGGCUCGUCCGUUUGAGUUCAUCCGGAACUUGACCGCGCCAUUCGAGGAGCUGGAGCGGCCCAGUUGUACCGGCUGUAACCCUCGAUGCUAUGUUUGUCCGACAUGGGCCGACUACGAUUAUCCACAGUCGGUUCGCUGCGGCAGAGACAACAUGGCCCAUGCCGCCGACACCGAUGUCCUGCGUGUGAAAGCAGGCGACGAGUUGACCUUCUUGUCUACAACCUUGGCGCAGGAUGCAUGGCAGGCUUCAGGUGUCCAAUGGGACGGCUGCCCGGAUGGAAAAGGGGUGUGCACCCCUGGUAGGACAUCAUCACCACCCGACCGUGUCUAUCACAAUGGCCCGAUAAUUGCGCACCUCUCCAAGGUUCCCGAAGGACAAGAUGUGCACGAGUAUGACGGAAGUGGAAAGUGGACAAAGAUUUACACGAUGGGAGCUACACUCGUCACUGACGUCGAUCGGGAGGACAUCCCCUCGCCUUACUUCUGGAAGGGGUCUGUGGACCAGGAUUUCCAAGUCUCGUCUCCACCGUUCAAAUUCCAGAUCCCAAAGCAAACACCGGCGGGACAGUAUCUCCUUCGAAUGGAUUCGGUCAACAUUGGCAUGCACACCAUGCCUAAAGAUGGGUCGGACUGGAUAUGGCAAAGCGGCGAGACACAGGUGUAUCCCGGUUGCGCCCAGAUUGAAGUCCAGAGCGACUACACCGGUAGCCUGCCAGAGGGCGGCGUCCAGAUUCCCGAGGCAUUGUUCACGAAAUCUCCUGGUAUGUCUCUUCUCGGGGUAAGCGGAGAGUUUGGACCAGGUCGAUACCAGCGGAUUGUCCUGGACCCGGAAUAUGUCUACCCCGGAGGCCCUCUGUGGGACGGGGAGAAGCUGGUUCAGGACCGAAUUCUACCGUGAUGAGGAUGAGGUCGCGUCGCAGGACACUCCUCGUUCAAAGGCUAUAUUCUACCCACCACGAUAGAUAGCUUACUGUAACC